AUGCGCAUCCUGACUUUUGGCCAGAAAUUUCUGAACAAUUUUCCCGAAAUUCUGGACGAGCUGAAAACUUACAAUCGAGGCAGUUCAACACCAGUCCGAAAUGCGUCACCUGUGUCUACGACACUAGAAGUACCAACUAGAACACGAAGCCGAUCAGAGUCGAAUGGAAUGGACACAUUGCAAGUACCAAUCUUGGUGUCAGGGCUAUCGAAGUCUUUGACUGAUUUACAAGAUACGAACCAGAAAGUGCUGGAAGAAAAUCAAUGGAUGAAAGACGAGAUUGAAACGUUGAAAUGUCAAGCAAAAGCAGAUGAGGAAAUUACCAAUAUUCAACAGCGCGAGGUGUCAGGGCUGUCGAAGUCUUUGACUGAUCUUCAAAUCGUGAACCAGAACCUGCUGGAAGAUAAUCAAAGGAUGAAAGACGAGAUUGAAACGUUGAAAUGUCAAGCAAAAGCAGAUGAGGAAAUUACCAAUAUUCAACAGCGCGAGGUGUCAGGGCUGUCGAAGUCUUUGACUGAUCUUCAAAUCGUGAACCAGAACCUGCUGGAAGAUAAUCAAAGGAUGAAAGACGAGAUUGCAACUUUGAAAGGUCAAGCAAAGGUAAGCCAGGAUGCUUCUACGAAGAUAAAUAAUCAACAGCGUGAGGUAAAGCAUUGGAUUACAGCGUAG